UGGCUGAGUGUUGAAGAAAAAACUAUCAACUAUUUUAUUUGGAAAUAUUAUGAAAGUAAUAAUAAACUUUGAAAUGCGGAGGACCCUCUGAAGCAUCAUCCAUUUUCCUAUUCUUUCAGCCAUGACCAAAGCGCCUACCGUACUAGAUAGAACCACCGGCACCGGCGCCGGCACCAGCCCUAUCUCCGACAAAGCUCACCGUCUCAAACACCACCACCAGCGCAGUACCUUCUCGCCAUUCUCUUUCUACUCCCCGAAACUUUUCGUCUACAUCCUCUCCACCUGCGUCCUUCUCUUCAUCCUCUUCCACAUCCAAUACUCCCUCCACACCCCCCCGUCUCCCCCAACUCCGUCGUGGUCUCUCACGCGCCAAUGGCAGCGAGUCAUCAACACCUCCGCAUACUGCAACAGCAGCGAGAUCAAAUCCAUGGCCGACCGGCUCCGGCGCUCGGUAACGUUUCUCCCGCUGAAAGAUUUACGUUACGCGCAAGCCGCUCUUCAGGGCCACACGUGGUUCAUGAGCUCCAUGUAUGAUUCCCACGAGGAAGGCGACGUGCAAUUCCAGCAAUUCCCCUCGGAAUCCUCACAGGGAAGGCUUCUGUGCAUGAAAGGGCGUGACAAGCACGACGGCUCCUGGAACUCCUACGCGCUGGCGUGGCCGGAAACUUUGCCCCUCAACGCCACCUUCAUGAAGGGCCUAACCUUUGUGUCGUACAACCAUUAUAAUUACGACAACAUAUGGCAUGGUUUGUCGGCCAUGGUACCCUUUGUGGCCUGGCACAAGAAGAACGGGUGCCCGAUGCCAACAAGGUGGGUUUUGUACCACUGGGGUGAGUUGAGGCUGAAGAUGGGGCUGUGGCUGACAACUUUAAUGGAGGCCACGUUCGACGGCCGGCCGCCGUACAUUGAAGGAUUUGAAGGGGUUGGCGAUGACCAUCAGCCAGUUUGCUUUGAGAAGUCGGUGGUGAUGAGGCACAAUGAGGGAGGGAUGUCAAGGGAGAAGAGGAUGGAGGCGUACGAUUUAAUGAGGUGCAAGGCUAGGGUGUACUGUAACGUGAGCUUGGAAGGUAGGCUUGCCAACGUCAAUGGCCGGGGAGUGCUGGUGAUUGGGAUCACCAUGUUUAUGCGGACGGGGCCGAGAUCAUUCAAGAAUGAGACAGCAGUCGUUGAGAUCUUUCAGAGGGAGUGUGCUAAGGUGGACGGUUGCCGGUUGACGGUGGCUUACUCCAAUAAUCUCAGCUUCUGUGAGCAGGUGAAGGUGAUGAGCUGGACAGACAUUCUAGUAUCCCCGCAUGGUGCCCAGUUGACCAACAUGUUCUUGAUGGACAGAAACAGCAGUGUGAUGGAGUUCUUUCCCAAAGGCUGGCUAAAGCUCGCCGGCGUCGGCCAGUUUGUGUAUCACUGGAUAGCUAGCUGGUCCGGGAUGAGGCAUCAAGGUGCAUGGCGAGAUCCCGACGGCGAUGAAUGCCCCUUCCCGGAAGAUGACCGCCGGUGCAUGUCUAUUUUCAAGAGCGGCAAAAUUGGAUGCAACGAGACAUAUUUUGGUGAGUGGGCUAGAAAUGUUUUGAAUGAGGUGAAGGCAAGAAAAGUGGACGAAGCUUCAAAGAAGAACACCACUACUUCUAGUGGGUGUACUUGUAGCUGA